CCACUGGUGUUAGUGCCACAAAGCGUGCAAAUUACAUUUUUUACAACCUACGUUAUGCUCACGACUAAGAAAGAACUCUAAAGAGGACUAAUGGCUGACUUCGUGUCGUCCGCGAUGUGUAUUACGACAUAAUUCCAUCUGUGGGAAUGAUUUAUAAUUCGAGUACGUUCGUUAGUGCUCCCUUGUUAUGGAUUCUGCGCGUUGAAAUACUUCCCUUCUCGUAAGGUGUACAAAUGGUGCGCGUGGGUCCCACAUGGACGAAACUCUUCUUCGUCCUUUUGAGUCUGCUCGUCACCACACACCAACAAGAAUUGUUUGAGGACUCGGUUGACCUUGAGAAUGCCGUGCCAGAUUUCGAGACGAGUUUUGUGUCGCCCGUUGAGGAGUACGAUAUCCCGGAUGAUGGUGCCAUCCGUCAAGAGCAGUCCCUUGAGAAAGCCCCUUUCAACAAUGACCAGGAGGAAGAGGGCAGUGCUGGCGAGAUAACAUUGGAUCAGCCCGUACCACAAUUCAAAAAUAACGACGACGAUGGAGCUGCUCAGCAAAGUGCAAAAGCCGAUGAACAACCAUCUACAGACGCCACGGAGAGUGCGGAAAAUUCACAGGAUGAGGAAGUGGCUACAAACGCAAGUGGAAUGCCAUCAUUAAAAGGCGAGGGCGGGGCUCUUACCAAGGUGGCAGACGGCCCGACUGGGGAGGUUGGGAAUGAAUCACAGACAAAGGGGAGCUCUUUAAAAGACGAUUUGUUAUAUCCCUUAAAGGACGAAUCUGCCGACAGAAGACAUUCUAUUGCGGGAAAACGCAAUGUUGAAUCGUUUUCUAAAAAAGGCAAAGUGCUUAGAAAAGCAACUAAACCAGGAAUUAUACUUGAAGUGAAAAGUAAGGGCACAUUAUCUGUCAGCAACACUGCGAAGGUCACAGGGACCAAUUACAAACCAAAGGCUAGACAAGUUGAGAAAGAUGUGGCUAAACAGUCUGUGAAGAAAGCGGGAUCUGUCAAAAUAAGCAAAGCGGCAAAUGUUGGAUCGACAAAUAACACUAUUGGUCAGAUGCUGAACAUGACGACGACAGCAGGUCAGAAACAAGCAGAUCGCAAAAAAAGACAACUCAAUCAGGAUGACAAAGUUGCGCAAGCUAAAGCCAAACUUCAGCAUGCUGAGAAAGCCUCGGAUGUUCUUACGAGCAUGGAGAAGGAGAUGGGACUUGACCCCAGUACUGCUGAGGAAAAGACAAAGAACCUCACUUCAGUACUUAAAGACGAGAUGAGCAAGUUCAAGGAUCUUAUCAACAAACAAGACGACAGCGUCAAAAAAGAGAAGUUUGAAAAACUCGAGAAACUUGCUGAAGAGGAUGUCAAAGGGACCAAUGAUGUAAUGAAGUUGAUAGUAGAGCUAGAAGUGGCCAAGUACUUCGCGAAACAACGAGCUAGACAAAAACUCGAGCUGGCUGUUAGAGACCGUAUAAAUAAUCCUCCUUCUCGGCCAUACGCGAGUCAAUUUGCGGACGCACCGCCUGUGUCACCGUACGGCCCAAUGAUGGGGUAUAUGCCGCAAUAUCAACAUCAGUAUAACAUGCCAUAUUCACCUCAAAUGCCUCUUGUCACUCAGCCGCCUCAGCCUUACCUUGAUCUUCCACCGGCAAACCCCCAAAACAUGGAGUUCAACGACGCUAUGCCUCCACAAACAGAACAACCUCCUCCCCCUCCUCCUCCAUCACAACCACCACCGCAACAAUUUAUUCCAUCGCCACAGUUCCCCGAACAAGCCCUGCAGUUUACAAAUCAACCUGCGGCACCGGUGAUGAAUGCGCCUUUUGCUGACAUGAGUCACCCCUCGGCGCCCUACUUCAAUUCUUUCCAGGCCAGACCCAUGCCUCAGUACAACAUGUAUAGAUACGGAGGACAAAUUACUCCUAAUCCUAACCCUAUGAUGCAGCAACAGCCCCUGCAGUAUGGACCGGCGCCGAACAAGUACAGACCGGCACCACAGCCAUAUAGACCGGCACCCGAACCAUACAGACCAGCGCCUUUUAGACCAGCGCAAGUCAAAAAGGUUCACGCAAAGACAGCUUCAGUACACGCGAAGGUGAAGACACGACCUGCCAAAUACUACAGCAAGCCCGUAAAAUCUCAUGAUAAACCCGCCAAGAGUUCCAGGAAGCCUGCAAAGGCCUACAAGACGAAGGCUGCUAAGCGUUUGAAUUAUCAUCCAAUUAAACCUCCGGUGAUGCCAGAACCAGAGCCGUAUAUUCCCAACGUAAUGCAAGCGCAACCUACCUAUUAUGCGGCCUACAUGCAAAACGGAUUCAAAGCAUCGCCAGGCUUUGGUUGGUACGACGAGUAUAGCAGACCACAGCCAGCCCAACAGUACUCUUCCCAAGGGCUACCACCACAGGCACCCCAGCAAUACUCUUGGCAAGGACCGCCACCACAGGCAGCCAAGCAGUAUUAUUCGCAAGAACCACCACCACAGGCAGCCCAGCAAUACUCUUCGCAAGGACCGCCACCACAAGCAGCCGAACAGUACUCUUCGCAAGAACCACCACCACAGGCAGCCCAGCAAUACUUUUCGCAAGGACUACCACCACAGGAAGCCCAGCAGUAUAAUUCUAAAGAACUACUACCACAGGCAGCUCAGUAUUAUUCGCAGUCGUCUCCAGCAGCACAGCUAUCACAACCUGCAGAGAGCAAGGUGCCUGAUAUCUACCACGGAGACUUUGUCGAAAAUAAGCGACCGCCCCCCCUUGACCUGAAGAAGAUGAUGCACACCUUGUUCCAGCUCCACUCGAAUCCCGCUCUGUUUCAGCAACGACUGAACGCUGCAUAUAAACCAGUUGCGUCAAAACCUGUUGAAGUUGAAACCAAACCUGCUGAACCGGAACACGCUGCUUAUAAACCGGAUGAGCCGGAACAAGCUUUUUUCACACCUGAGUCUGCUUCGCAGAUGAACGCACAGUUCAACGAUCAGCCAAAUCUGGCUCCUUACGAGCCGUUUGCGCGACCGCAACAACCACCCGCCCCUAUGCCGCCCCAACAGCAAUUGCCAUAUCAACCGCCUGCUCCUACCAUGCAACAGCCUCAACUCCAAGCCUUUGCACCAUUCAGCCCACAACCGUCUCAACCCUACAUUAACCCUGAUGCUUUCCACAACACCUCACCGUUUACGCCAGAGGACACGAGCAAGGGUGAUGACGAACAGUACCAUGACCAGCCUGCUGCUGUGCCGCCUCCAUUCUCCAGUCAGUUUGCAGCGCCAUGGCCUCCCAUGCAGCCAUACGGUAGCUAUGACAUGUGGGGUCGGUUUGCUAUGUCUGGACCUCAACAGCAACAGCAGCAAGCGUUGGCGUGGCAACAAGACCAGUAUGGGCCGCAACGGGUCAACUAUCAGAUGUUGGACCCACUUUUGAUCCAAGCGCUGACAAAGGUUAAGAACACUCAAAAGGCCGCAGAAGUCGUGAAGAAAAUCGAAGAUAAGAUCGGACUAUCGCCACCAUCCGUCAAUCAUAUCAUUGAUGACGUUGAGACGGAGACAAAGAAAGAAAGAGACCAAACUGACCAAGCGAUCAGGGAUGAGGAGGCUGUACUUGAGAAGCAGGCCAAAGCCUUGAAUGAUGGUAGCAACAGCACUAAAACAUCAAGCCAGGAUCUAGAGAAGAAGAAGAUGAAAUUAGAGGAGGAUAGAAAAAGAAAUGAGAUAGCCAAGCAGAAGUUAGCGUCCAUUAGAAAGAUAGAAAAGAUAUUGACCUUCAUAGAAACAGCCAGGUGGUCAGCAAUCAAACGUGCCAAAGAGCAUGUCAAAAGUCUUCAGAAAGGAGGUUUGGAAAUCAAGAAACGCGAUCUUCACGAAUCAGAGAAUGAAAUAGAGAAGAGGCGUCGUAGAAAUAAUAUCAAUAUUUGGCUUAAGGGCUCUCGGAAUAGCAUUAACACGAGUAGAUUUUUUGAAGGCGCAAGGAAGCGUAACAAAAAUAGCACCCAUGCCAGUACAUGGCCAAAUAGCUUCAAAGACGACUCAAAUUCAGAAGGUAGUGCCUCUCGAAGUUCUCCUACCCCGACUGGUAGCUCAGUCAUCAAACGAAAUCACAUUGCUAAGAAGUCGAAGAUCGGGGUUCUUUUACUGAAGAAGCUGUUGCAAAGAGUGGAUAACUUAUAUGAUAUGCAGUCAAAGAUCCUUACUCAGCUAAUCAAAAAUAAUGGGAACAAACGACGGAAGAGAAGCGCACUACGGCACCAUCACCGUCACAGGCAUCGUCACCAUCAGCGGAAAUAAUUACAACGGAGAGACAUUUGAGCAUACCACCGUCAUGGCCAUCGGUAAUAGAAAUACGACAGUUAAAGUGUAGCUCAGCACUCGUUACUCAUCGUCAUCGUCACCAUCAGCGGAAAGGUGUACAGAUAGACACAUUUAUCGUCAUCAUCAUUGCCAUCACAAUCAUUACUGCCAUUUAUAUGUCACAGACACGCUAUCAGUCUGUAUCACUGUCAUAUCAUUAUGGUUAUUAUCAACGUUAUGUUGAUACAGUUCUUCCGCCAUUAGUUUCGUCGGGGUAACUAUAACGCCAAACAAAGCGUUGGUAGCGCGUUGAUGACGAAAAAGAAAUUAAAGCCACACCAACGUCAUAUUCGCGUUUAAGUGGUCAUACAAAUAUCAUUUUUGGGUUUGGAAUGUUGAGUUAUAACAACGAAGAAGAGCUUCUCUGUCAAUUCGGCGACCACAUCGAAAUGGUGGAAAUUUUUUUAGUUUCUUGGUAAUAUCAUGUACUCUCACAAUGUAUGAAAGAAAUGUUUGAAAGCACCUCCAUUAUCAUUAUUACCAAUAUUAGUCAUAGACAAUGAAGGGCAGAUAUGAAUAGGAUAGACAGUGUAUAAAUACAUCCUUGUUAGAAUAAUGAACAAAACAGUAACCAAGUUAACACCUAGCUUGGUCGAUUUAGAAUAUUAAUUGUUUAUUCUAGAAAAUAAUCCUAGAUGACAGUCUCUGGUAAAUAAAGCCUUUACGAAUUGUAUGCGUCGUCAGAGGAGAUAUAAUGCUUUUCUUGUAGUAAUGUACACUUUGGGAAAAAAGAAUAAAAUUUUAUAGUCAAUGUUACGAACAUAAAGCCAUGUAAAUAUCCAUGUAAAUAAAGAAUCAUGCAUUAAGUA